UUCUCCCCAAUCCACACCAUUCUCCGGCGAGUUUACCCCUCACAAUUUUCAAUCUCCGGCGAAAUUUUGCAUGGAAUCAUGCCUCCCGUCGUUGUGGAAGAGCUAUCUGAAGAGGAACAAAAAGAACUGUUGCUCAAUCCUCCUAGUCGAGAAAAUGUCUUGUGUCUGCAAUGUGAUAAUGGAAGGAAAUUCAAAUCUGUCAAAGACCUUUUGGAGCAUUUCAGAGUUGUUCACGCUGAUUUACCCCAAAACAACAAGAAAUUAUUUUGCAAUGACUGUUCAAAUCUUUUCCGCUCGCCGGGAGAACUGGCGGCUCAUCGUCAGUUCUUCAAACACCACUAUUGACGAACUAUGCUCCAUUUCCAAUCUUUCAUCAUAUAAUAUCAGUCAAUAUCGGGAAUGGAAUUGUCUCCAUGGUGAGCUAAUUUUUGAUUGUGGAGACUACAAGGCUGAAUCUGAAGUAUUCCAGAACCACAAAUUUCAGCCACUCCCCCAACUGCUAGAGGUGGAUAUGAGAGAACUACUUUUGAUAUUUGCUAGAGAUGGACUACUAGGGGUGGACUGCUAGAGGUUGAUAUGAGAGAACUACUUUUGAUAUUUGCUAGAGGUGGACUACUAUGGGUGGAUUUGAAUUCUUUUGAUGACGUUAUAUCACAAUAUUUUGUCAAUCUUAUUAGUCUUACCACACACCAUACUUUGUCAAUCUUGUUA